AUGUCAGCAAGUAUUUUGAUCGUGCUGGCGACAGUGGUGGCAGUCGCCGUCCGCGAAUCUUCGGCGGUGACGAACGAAGCGACGUUCAUCAUCGACUCUGUGAAUGCGGACCCAGGCAACACUUGGAGGGCCAGCGACACCAACGUCAUCCCAGGAGACGGAAAAAACUUCAAUCAGCUGAUGGGCGUAUUGCCCAGGAACUUCAACUCGCUUAGGUUCGCCCCGAUAAAGAAAAUCGUCGACGAUGAAUCCAACGAAGCUCUCCCCGAGAAUUUUGACGCCAGAGAACGAUGGCCCGAGUGCUCGUCCCUGUUGGGUUCGAUCAAGGACCAGUCUAACUGUGGAUCGUGUUGGGCCGUGUCUGCGGCUUCCGUGUUCAGCGACCGCCUGUGCAUAGCCACCGGUGGAGCGGUGGCCAAAAAUCUGUCUGCCGAACAGUUGAACACUUGUUGCUAUCGAUGCGGUAACGGAUGCGACGGCGGGUCGCCAGAGUCAGCGUGGUAUUUCUUCAUGAGGCACGGUAUCGUCACGGGUGGAGAUUACGGAUCCGGAGACGGUUGUCAACCGUAUAGCAUUUAUCCGUGUGGGAAAGGAAGGAAUACUUGCAUAGACGAUGAUCCAGACACUCCAGAUUGUUCGAUAAAAACUUGCACCAACUCGAACUACUCGAAAAACUACAGAGCUGAUUUGCAUUAUGUUGAUUCCGUAUACUCGCUGUCGACAUCCGAAGAAGACAUCAUGAAAGAUUUAUAUAAAAACGGUCCCGUCCAAGCGGCUUUUUAUGUGUAUACAGAUUUCAUGUACUACAAAAGUGGAGUGUACAGUUACACCAGAGGUCAGAUAGAAGGUGGUCACGCGAUCAAGAUCUUGGGCUGGGGCGUUGACGACGGUACCAAGUAUUGGUUGUGCGCCAAUUCAGUGGAGCCGAUCAUGGGGUGA